AGGAUCCGCCCUGGCAAACCCUAGCAAUGGUACCUGUUCCCUACCCUCGCGUAGCGCUCAGGCUUGCCGCAUCAAGCGGCCGCUCAUCUUAACCGCCCGCUCUAAGCAAAUAAACUUGUUUACACCUUCCAAUCCAUCAAAAGUCACCUGACCCAUUACACGCAUAUGUUUGCAAUCACCUUGUUGAUGACAUCAUGUAUUAAUUGUCCCAUUUCUCAUCAAGGAUUUCCUUUGAUCACAGGUAAAGUUGGCCAGGUCUCUGGUCCUGCUUACACCGGGGAAAUGGGCGGCGCCAACGCACACUGUGCCAGCCACACACUUCUCCGCACGGCCAAGCCCGCUCUGGUAUAAAUUCAGCUCUUGAAGACCCGGCCAGACUGUUUCCUAUCUGUACAGAUACAAACAAUCAUUCGCAAUGGCUCGUACCAAGCAGACUGCCCGCAAGUCUACCGGAGGCAAGGCCCCCCGCAAGCAGCUGGCCACCAAGGCAGCACGUAAGUCUGCCCCUGCUACCGGAGGUGUCAAGAAGCCCCAUCGUUACAGGCCUGGUACUGUUGCCCUUCGUGAGAUCCGUCGUUACCAGAAGAGCACUGAGCUCCUCAUCCGCAAGCUGCCCUUCCAGCGCCUCGUCCGUGAGAUUGCCCAGGACUUCAAGACUGACCUCCGCUUCCAGUCCUCUGCUGUCAUGGCUCUGCAGGAAGCCUCCGAGGCUUACCUGGUCGGCCUCUUCGAGGACACCAACCUGUGCGCCAUCCAUGCCAAGCGUGUAACCAUUAUGCCCAAGGAUAUCCAACUUGCUCGCCGUAUCCGCGGAGAGCGCGCCUAAGAUUUUGGUUGCUAGCUUGCUUGCAUACAUCAAAAUCAUCCUCCUCGGCCCUUUUC